CACAGACACACCCCGGGACGAUCUGUAUCCAUCCGCUGCUCCCUCCAGCGCGGCCCCUCCCUACCCUCCCAACCCCGGCCCCCACUGCCCACCGCCCACUGGCCCCACACGCUGCGGUGCCAGAAGUGUGCGGGGUGGGAAGGGUGGUCGCCCGAAGAGUAGUGGCGGAGGGCCGGCGUGGCCCCGCCCCUGAGGCCGGGACUCCUCCAGGCCCCGCCCCUUUCUGGGUCGGAACUACGGUGGGUCUGGGAGGGGGCGUCGAGCCCAUUCGUGCAGUAUCCCUCCGCCCCCUUCCCGACACCCUCGCCGCGAGCGGUUGGUGCCGCAGCCUUCGUAGCCCCUGCGGGGUUUGGCGCAGCCGCGCGGGGGGCAGGACACCUCUUUGCCAUUCUGCCCGCACGGCGAGCGGUGGGAAUCCAAGUGAGGAGCUGCGACAGGAGGUGGAGGCCGACCAUCGGGACCCUGCGUCUGCGAAAGCAACUGGGGGUGUCUCGGGGGCGACGAGCGGCUCACACCCUGCACCGCGGACCCUGGCAACCUGAGGAGGGGGAGGCAACCGGGUCGGAGCGGGUCUCUGAGAGAGGUUUGUUCCUUUAUAGAGUACUGUAGAAAUCUGCAGGUAGCUGUUCACUUUGAAUUUGAUUAAGAAAGAGGACAAAAGCUAUUCAUUUGGAUCCAAGGUCUGCCUGUGAGUCGACUAUAGGGCUUAUCAACACUGGAAGCAAGAAAGGAGAAAAUUGCACCAGAUCAGUGCAGGCCUAUCUCCAGUGGUGGCUGUGGUGGCCUUGAAGUGACAGAAGAUCAUCACCUUCAACCCAGUAAAACAAUAUUAAUAUACUGACCUGGGACAUAUUGAGAACCAAAGCCAAGACUGUAUAGAGCUAUCUACAUAACUGGGCUUCAACUAUGGCUGGGGUUAAGAAUGCAAGUAGAAAGAAUAGGAGUAGAAAGAAUGAGAGUAAAAAGAAGACCAAAACUGAAAAUAGGGCUGGUGUACAAGCUGAAGCCAAGAGGGAGGCUACUGGCGUAGUCAGAUCUGUAGCCAAGACCCAGGCCAAAGCAAUAGCCAAGGCAGGGACUCAGGAAGAUCCAGUGGCAGAGGUGAAGGCAGCGUCUAAGAACAAGAUUGUUACUGAGAUGAAGGAAGGAGCUCUGGCAGAUUUCAGUCCCAAAGCUGAAGAUGAGGCCACUAGAGCAUCUCGGUUUUGUUCUGUGGCUGAGGCUAGUGCUGAGUCCAGUGCUGAGUCCAGGUCUACGUGUAAAGAUAAGACUGGUAUUGAUACCUGGUUUUGGGCUGAGGAAGAAGCCAGUGUUGGUUCCUGGUUCUGGAAUGGAGAAGAGGCUGGUAAUCGUUUCAGUGCUAAGGAUGAAGGUAAAGCUGAUAUUUGUCCCCCAUCCUGUGCUAAGAAUUUGGAGCCUGUGGCUGGGGCCAACUGCAAGACUAGGCCAGGGGCUGAGGAGGAGGAGGAGGAGAACGUUAUUGGGAGCUGGUUUUGGGAUGGAGAUGAAACUAGUUUUGACCCUAACCCUAGACCUGUGAGCAGGAUAAUUAAGCCCCAGCCUGUGGAUGAAAUUAAUGAAAAAGAUAGGCCCAAGGACUGGUCUGAGGUAACUAUCUGGCCCAAAGCUCCUGCUGUAACUCCAGCAGUGUUAGGCUUUAGAUCCCAAGUCCCAUUUGAGAAAAAGCCUCCUUCAUAUGUUGUCCUGGCCUCCGCUGAGGAAAAUACCCAUUCUUCGCCUGUGGCAACAGCGUGCCCUUCUAGGAGCACUCCCUCAAGCUCACAGCCUGUCUCUGAGUACCCAUUUGGUUCUGACCCUUGUAUCCAGACCAUAGAGGAGAUUAGACGCCAAAUCAGGAUCAGGGAGGUGAAUGGGAUUAAGCCAUUUGCUUGCCCUUGCAAAAUGGAAUGCUACAUGGAUUCUGAGGAGUUUGAAAAACUUGUUACCUUACUUAAAUCAACUACUGAUCCUCUCAUUCAUAAAAUAGCUCAAAUUGCAAUGGGGAUCAUUAAUGUUCAUCCAUUUGCCCAAGAGUUCAUUAAUGAGGUGGGUGUAGUGACACUUAUUGAAAGCUUGCUUAGUUUUCCUUCCUCUGAAAUGAGAAAAAAGGCUGUAAUUACUCUGAAUCCCCCCUCUGGGGAUGAAAGACAACGCAAGGUUGAAUUACAUGUUAAGCAUAUGUGUAAGGAAACCAUGUCUUUUCCCUUGAACUCACCUGGACAGCAAUCCGGAUUAAAGAUACUAGGACAACUGGCUACUGAUUCUAACCAUCACCACAUUGUUGCCAAUUACUUUUCAGAGCUUUUUCAUUUGCUCUCCCUGGGAAAUCGUAAAACCAGAAAUCUUGUUUUGAAAGUACUUUUGAAUAUGUCUGAAAAUCCAACUGCAGCCAGAGACAUGAUCAAUAUAAAAGCAUUAGCAGCAUUAAAACUCAUCUUUAACCAAAAAGAGGCAAAAGCCAAUCUCGUUAGUGCUGUGGCCAUAUUUAUUAACAUAAAGGAGCAUAUCAGAAAGGGCUCAAUUGUAGUUGUUGAUCAUUUGAGUUAUAAUACACUCAUGGCCAUUUUCCGUGAAGUUAAAGUGAUCAUCGAAACAAUGUAAAAUGAGCUAGAAAUAGAAGAGAACCCUUUGAACAAUCUCCAAACUCUAACAGGCUGUGUGUUCCCAAAGAGCCAUGCGUAAUGUUUUGGUUAUUACAAUGUGCAUGUUAUAAAUUACAUCUUUAACACAAUAUUACCUGUGACAGUCUAGGUCUGAGCUAGACCAUUUUGGGGUAUCAAAUUAAUAUUUCAUUGUGAGUUGAAAACAUCUGUUGAUUAUUCUCUGUGUAGAUGGGGAGCUUUUUAACAUUUAAGAUAGCAAAUUGGUGCAUCAUAAGUAAGCUAACUUUUCAUUAGUAUCUGCUUAGAUCCAUUUGCAGCUUCAAAUGAUUUAAAAAGAUAAUAUCCUUGAAUUUAUAAUCUAGUUGUAGAAACAAGGCAUAUACACACAAAAAGAUAUCUAACAGUACACACACACACAUAUAUAUGUAUACACACACACUCAUUGCCAAAUGUGCACUCUCAAUACGUAAAGAAAGCAGGGUUGCUACCGGCUGUUUAAUGUAAAAGGAAUUACUGUUUUUCCCCUAUUCUACCUGCAUCAGAUAACUCAUUCUACAACACACAAAUGGCCCUGAAUCUCAGAUAAAAUGUAAUAUUCAUCUUUUAUUUUGCUGCUACAUUUAUAACUCCUAUAUUGUUAGGCUAUUUCAUUUAUGUCAAGUAAUCUUGCAGAAGAGAAAGGAGGUAGAUGUAGGGAGGAAACAUUUCCUGAAUACCUACUCAUGUCAGAUACUGUGUUGGCAUUAUAUUUUACAGGUUUCUUCUUCUCAACAAUGGUUCUCUGAGCUAUGUACUGGUAUUUUUUUUAUGAUUAUAACUCGUUAUUCUGGAUUGCCUCCAAUGGCAGUUAAGGAGGUUGAAUACUUAUUCCUAGAUUCCCACAGCAGGCAAGUGUGGCAUAGCUGUUUUGUCUGAUACCAAAACCCGCUCUCAUUGCACUACCUUAUAGUCCUCUUCCACUUUUUGUGUGGCAGCCUUCAAGGCUCACAGACUGGUUUUAAUGAUUCAAUUUUGCUGUAGGUAAUGUCCCUGCCAGUCUUGCAAUUCUUAACUUCCUCUAAAUGUACAUGUCCAUUAAGCAUUUGGCUAAACCUUGCUGGAGUAAGAAGAAAAGUCUGGGAUGAGUGUAUGGAUUUGAACUGGCAGUGUCUGGGAAACAGUAGGUGCCCCAAACUGUUGAAUGAAUGAAAUGUAGAUUUGGAGCCAAACAACUGAAAUUUGCUAUGUGUCCUUCCUAUCUUCUUCAAUAAAGAACUGGAAUCAUUCUGUACAUUAUUUCAUACCUUACAGUUUAAAAGAUAAUUGCUUUUUUCUUCCUUGCAAAAUUAUACCUUAAUUUGUUUACCAUUUAUAAUUUAUUCUCCUGUGUGUCAUAUGAAAAGAUAAACGGUUCUAUCUUUUACUAGUAGGCAAGCCUACUCUCUGCAUUUGUACCAGCUAAAACUGUACAGGAUAAACUUAAUUGGAGAAAUUUAGGCCCAGGCCCAGAACUGCAGCUUCAUCAACACAAAACAGGAAAGCUAGGAGAGGAGCUGCUGCCUCAAUCUACGUGAUAGUGAUUCCUGGAAGUCUGCGGUCCAGAAAGCAUUCCCAGGACUUGGGCUAUAGCUAUAGACUCAGGGUAGGAAUUACAACCCCUGGUCUGAGCUGAAGAGAAUGUUUCAGUGUGUAAAAAUAUUGGGUUAUAUGCUUUGAGAUUUUUAAACAGUUAAGAAAUUAAAACAAGAUCAUACUGUAAAUACUGUUUGUAACUUGCCUUUCUUCCCACUAACUGUAUAUUGUGACCAUCUUUCCAUAUCAAUAA